UAAUGAAGAAAAGGAGCAAGUUGAAACAUGAAGUAAAAUGUAAACCAUCUAUUUUUGUCACAAUUGUUUCUUACAAUGGCAUCAAAGUGAGGUGUGAAGGCUUGGAAACUUAUGCUCCAUCACGUGAACUGUCAGCGGGGCUUCUCAAUUGCAAUUCUUGCAACCACCCUUGCGCGGCUACGCCCCAAUGCUAUGGCCCUAUGAUUGACAGCGCAGAUUGUUAUUUGCUGAUGGGUCAACUACAAAUCAUUAUAAUGGUCGAUUUUCAGUACAAACAAACAUAAAUUCUUGUUCAAUAAUGUCUUCCACAUAAUGUUUGGCAUUUGGCAAUAAUAAUUGUCAAUUUUCCAAAGCUUCUACCGCCACUGUAAUUGGGUCAAAUUGGAGAAGAUGAUGCUGCACUGAUCGACUGAAAAUGUUCGAAACGAUGGGUUUGUGGGGCUCUCUGUUUCCUUCAGAGCUGUAAGGAUUCUGAGUUGCAGAGCGCUGGAGAGAAGCUCUCAGUCGCAACCCCAUUCAUGUCAGAAACUCGUUUUGAAAAAUGGCGCAUAGCGACAACUUCAAAUCUCAGACCCACCUCUCUCGGUUUCUCUCUCUCUUUCUCUACUCUUUCGGCCCAGACCAUCUGGUGGACAUUAAUAAUGAACUUUGUUUGUUCUCGAAAUGUUGACAAAACUGUCGAAGCGGAGGAGAAACGAGGGUGAAGUUUGAAAUUGAAUCGCCUUUUUCGGCGGUGAUUAGUUUGCUUUACUGUUUUUGCAUCGUUUAGCGUGUUUGACGUCUGGAAACAAAAAGUAGUAGGGAAAAGGAAGAAGUUCAAGGAUUAGUCAAAAAGUGAUUAGCAACCAUGAUCUGAAGUAAACGAACGCCAGGUGGGAAUAUCACGUGCUGUUCAUUCCAUCAGCGGCCGCUCCACUGUUUGAAAGGCACUUGGAAUAAAAUUAAUAGCGCAAACCCACGGGGGAGAAGAAUAAUUACCUGAGAAAGUGAAUCUCCCAUCGCAUUAUCAGCAAAGAUCAUCAAAGUUCUCAGCCCAUUCUGGAAAAAUGCUGUGCGCUUGCUCAGGAGAGCAAUUUAAGUUCGAAGAGCCACCACAGUCACCAGAGUCACUUGCAACGAGGGAUUUCUCGGCCAGUUGCCUUUCCUCGAGAACUGGAGACUGGGAUUCAAAAUUUGAAGAUUCUCAAGUAGAUGAAGUUGAAUCCACUUUAAGAGAAGCCCUCUCAUUAAACUACGAGGAAGCCAGAGCUUUGCUGGGGAGGCUUGAAUAUCAAAGAGGAAAUUUUGAUGCUGCCCUUCAGGUAUUUCAAGGUAUAGACAUUAGAUCUUUAAUGCCAAGAAUGAUAAAGGCAAUCGCUGAAAAGAGUAGGGAGGAAAAACCUCGUCCUAAAGGAGACGGUGCACCCCCUAGUGGUGUAAUGUCCAUGCAUUCUGUUAGUCUGCUUCUUGAAGCAAUUUUACUCAAGGCAAAAUCACUGGAGGAACUUGGCAGAUAUAUAGAGUCUGCCAAAGAGUGCAGGAUAAUUCUUGAUACGGUGGAAUCAGCUCUACCCAACGGAAUGCCUGAGUGCUUUGGUGAAGACUGCAAAUUGCAGGAAAUGCUUCAAAAAGCUUUGGAACUACUACCUGCUUUGUGGACUAAGGGAGGCCAUCUCGAUGAGGCCGUAAACGCCUAUCGCCGGGCUCUUGUUAAACCAUGGAAUUUAGAUCCAAAUAAGUUGGCUGCCAUACAGAAAGAAUUGGUUGGCACAUUACUUUAUGGAGGUGUUGAAGCAAGCCUUCCGCUUAAGUUCCAUGUAUUCGGUCCAAGAACACCUAAAAAUAAUGUGGAAGAAGCAAUCCUUUUGUUGUUAAUACUCAUGAGGAAAGUGGUGAUGCAGGAAAUAAACUGGGAUCCAGAGAUUAUGAAUCAUCUGACUUAUGCGCUUUCUAUCACUAGACAAUUUGAAUUACUCGCUGAGCAUGUGGAGCAGAUCCUUCCUGGAAUAUUUAGUCGAGCUGAGAGGUGGUACUUUCUUGCUCUUUGUUACAAUGCAGCAGGACAGAAUGAAGCAGCUUUGAACCUUGUAAGGAAAGUUUGCGGUUUCUCUGAAGUAAAGAACAAACCCCAUUUUCAUUCUUUUUUGUUGCUUGCAAAAUUGUGUUCAGAGGACACAAAAUAUGCAAGUGCUGGAAUUGAAAUUGCUCGUAGAAUGAUCGAUAUGGCCUGUGAAGAAAGUAAACACUUCACUUCUGAAGCCCACAAAUAUUUAGGUGUUUGCUAUGGGAAUUCAGCUAGAGCUUCUGUAUCAGAUUCUGAAAGAAUUCUUUUCCAAAGUGAGUCAUUGAACUCCCUAAGAGUUUCUUCUCUCAGUGGGAGGCAUGACCCAGAAGUAAUGUUCAAUAUUAGCUUGGAAAAUGCUGUACAGAGAAAUCUUGAUGUUGCCUUCUACAGCGCAAUGAGAUACUCAAAUAUGGUGGCUGACGGUUCUGGAAGAGGGUGGAAGCUUUUGACGCUCAUAUUUUCAGCUGAGCAGCGAUUCAAGGAUGCCGAAACCAUAGUUGAUUUUGCUUUGGAUGAAGCUGAGAGGACGGAUCAAUUAGAUUUUCUUCGACUGAAAGCUGUACUCAAAAUUGCUCAGGAGCAACCAAAGCAAGCAAUAGAAACCUACAGAAUCUUGCUGGCUCUAAUUCAAGCACGUGGAGAACUUCAGCUUCAGGCUAAGAACUUUGACCAAUCGAAAGACUUGGAGCUAGAGGCAACGAAAGAAUGUAACUUGGAAUGCGCAGCCUGGCAGGAUUUGGCUGCCAUAUAUGCAAAACUUGCUUCCUGGGCGGAUGCAGAAAUUUGUCUGAAUAAAGCCAAAUCAUUAGAUGUUCAUUGCCCCAGAGGUUGGCAUACAACAGGCAAGUAUUUUGAAGCUCGAUCAUUACACAAGGAAGCCCUUGUUUCAUUCUCAGUCUCUCUGUCAAUCGAUCCUGAUUAUGUUCCGAGUAUCAUCUCAACAGCAGAAGUGUUAAUGAAAUGCGGUAACCAAUCGCUUCCGAUUGCACGCAGCUUGCUGAUGAAUGCUGUAAGAUUGGAUCCUACCAGCCAUGAAGCAUGGUUCAACCUUGGAGUGCUGUCCAAAAUGGAAGGUCUAUUGCUACAAGCUGCAGAUUUUUUUCAAGCUGCACAUGAACUCCAGCUUUCUGCUCCUCCUCAGAGUUUCGUCUAAAAGAAUAUUUCUUUCGCCUUCGGAGUGGAAGAGUGCCAAGUCAGAAUACUGAAGGCAUUGGUUGUGUCACCAGUAUAUUCCAUCAAUCUUCAUUCCUUCAGCAUUCUUGAUCUCACAUAAUUACAAAGCUGAAGGAAAGUUGGACCAAACCAUCACUUGCAAGAUUUUAGGCUAGAGAAAUAGUUCCAAAUUCUGCAAGUACAAAUCAACUGAUUUUGUAUAGUUGAAUCAAGGAUUUAGUAGCGUAUCAAGUAAAUAGCAUAUUUUUGCAGUAUUUUUCUUCCUAACAAGAUCCAAAAAAUAGCAUGAACUUCAUUCAUCACCAGAAUAGGAAAUUGAAACGAGCAAGUAGUCAAGGAUUGUAGCGAAUUUCAUGUUCUGUUACGUUCCAUCUAUAACUAAACAUGAUUAUCAUGCUCGCAGCUUGUAUGCUAAUUGAUGAAGCAUUGUUUGUUAAGCAAACCAAAAGAUAAAAGUUGUUGGAUGCGAAUCUGUGAUGUUUGAACCAUGAGAGUCAAAGAACCAAAAUGACUGGCAAUGACUGCUCAUCAGUCAAACCACCUGAUUUGUCAAAGGAAACACCAGUCAUUUACCAGUCUGGUGAACCCACCAAGGCCUGAUUUCUGAUAGCAACAGGUAACCUGUAGUUAGGAAAACUAGACAACAUCCAAAAUUAUCAAAAUUGACUCGCAAUCUAAAAAUUUGGAAUCUUGUUACCGAGCUCAGCAAGCUUCAAUCCUUGGUUGGGACUUGAGAUGAUUGCAGGAUUUUGAACCAACGAACCACUCUCAAGUCUGAUCAGAUAACGUGUAAAUGCCAACGAUAUCAACAGCAAGUUCGAACAAAGAAAAAACAAACCAUUUUGAGCUUAACAUAUUCUCCAUCCUGAUACAAGAUGAUCCUUAUCUAAAAGAUUAAGUAGCAUCUUGUUAGAAAAAAGAAAAAAGUUCUGAGACUUUUAUUUAUGUGAGAGUUUAUUUUCGGGCAUAAUGCCUUAGUUGAUAAUCAUCAGAGACCAGUUUUCUUCAAGAGAGUGAAACAAGGGAGUUGGUCCAGGAAAAGUUUCUGUACAGUAACUGCAUAUAUAUGAUAUGUAAAUAUAGAGAUGACAAGUUAGAGUAAAAUUUACAUGGAAGAUAAGUGUCAAAGAAUACAAGUUUGCACACUUAUUGUUUUCCUUGAUUCAUGAAUAACAAAUACAAGAGUGCAGUUUCUUCCAAGAACUUCUGCCUUGGAGACUUGGGGGUAUAGACAAGUUGCUUGGCACAACAGGAGCACAGGAAAGCGGCCUAUAUAAUCUUCCUUUCAUUAACA